AUGUCGUCCCAGAGCAAUAGCAGCAAUUCUCCGCCGCCUCGCGUCCCUCCUCACAUCCGCUUGAACUCAGGACAAGAAGAUUUAGUCGCUGCAGAUUCAAACAGCUCUUCCCGGACGCUUGUACCUACAACUUCUAGACCUGGAGCCUCGCCACGUCUAAACAAUAUUUACACCGGCGACACACUUCGAGAUUCUUCUGAAAGAUUAUUACCUCCUGGCCGUGGAAGAUUUCAAAACGAUGGCUCCCAGUCUCCUCUCAGGUCACCUUCUAGUUUCUCGUCCCGAAGAUCUAGUUGGGAGUCGGACCGAAGUCGAGACAGCCGAGGCUUUGAGAACCCGUUUAGAGAUUCUAGUCAAUCCAGACCAGGGUCAAGAGCCGGAAGCGAGGAUAAUGAUGUGAACACUCAAACUGUGUCAGAGAAGUAUAAUAUUCUGCCGUCGGCAGGUCUGCUGUUGUUUCCGGAGGAUGUUGAGAAGGACGACUAUUUACACAAUCCUGAUCCUGAGGGAGAGCCACGAGAUUGUGAUAUUUUCACAAAACGAGGUCUGGUCAACGUUGGUGGAUUGGCUUUCAUCGUCAUCGGGAUUCUUGUCUUAUUCAUAGGAUACCCAGUUCUGACCUUCGUUCAAGAAGCCACAAAGACUUAUGAUCCUUGUCAAGAGGGUAUCGGGUGCGUGGGCACUGGCAAGCUUCCUUUGCUAACGAAUAUGCGCACGGGUCUCAUUGACCCUGACACUCCUGAAUCUGUAAAGACCAAGAAAGACUUCCACGGAAAUACGUGGAAUUUGGUGUUUUCUGACGAAUUUUCCAAACCCGGAAGGACAUUCUAUGAGGGCGAUGAUCCGUACUGGACCGCCGUGGAUAUUUGGUACGGUGUUACCCGGGAUUUGGAAUGGUACGACCCUGAUGCUGCCACAACCAAUGACGGUGUACUGGAAUUGCGGUUCGACGCUUUUCAAAAUCACGGGCUGAACUAUCGAUCCGGAAUGCUUCAGUCAUGGAAUCAAUUGUGCUUCAAAGGUGGAAGGUUAGAAGCCAGCAUCUCUCUGCCAGGUCGAGGUGAUACCGUUGGCUUCUGGCCAGGUUUCUGGUCGAUGGGUAACCUGGGACGACCUGGAUAUGCAGCCACCACAGACGGCUUAUGGCCCUACUCUUACGACGACGUUUGCGAUGCCGGCAUCACACCUAACCAAAGCUCUCCAGAUGGUAUAAACUACCUCCCUGGCAUGCGCUUACCAGCCUGCACAUGUAAAGGAGAAGACCACCCCAGUCCAGGAAAUUCUCGCUCUGCUCCCGAAAUUGACGUACUCGAAGCCACUGUCGGGACUCUGGAUGAGGAGGGCAACCAAAUCGGCAUGGUGUCGCAGUCAUAUCAAGUCGCCCCGUUCGACAUUUGGUAUCAACCCAACUACGAUUUCGUUGAAGUUUAUGACUUCUCUGUCACGGCAAUGAACACGUAUAAAGGAGCACCUUUGCAACAAGCUUUCUCGGGUAUUUCGAACCUCAACAACCAAUGGUACGAUGGGAAUGCGUACCAAGUGUACGCCUAUGAAUACACACCUGGGGCCCAAGGAGAAAUUAUCUGGUACGUGGGAUCAGACCCCGUCUGGCGGCUCAAAGGUGAGGCUUUGGCUCCCAACGGCAACAUUGCCCAGCGCCCCAUUCCCCAGGAGCCCUUGUCCAUUAUUGUCAACUUUGGUAUGUCACCCGGUUUCUCAGCUCUCAACCUCACUGGGUUGGCAUCGUUGAUGCCAGCGAAAAUGAGGAUCGACUACAUACGGAUCUACCAGGACGACAGUGGCGAGAUGUCAUGCGAUCCCGAGGGUUAUCCCACCACCGAGUACAUCAACAACCACUAUGAUGUGUACCACAAUCCGAAUAUCACCCUCUGGUAA